AUGUCGUGGCUGAUCAAUCUAGUCAUGUUCCGUCUUGGCUUUGAACUGACGAUUUUGGUGAUUGUCGGGAACAGCGAAAUCCUAUGCCCGACUGGGCUCAUCAGCUACUCGGAUGUUGUUUGUGGACUCAUAUUCACAGAGCGAUAUUGGUACUGUGAUGCCCACAAACAGUGCCGCGAUAGAGGAGUGAAACUGGGACUGCGAUUGUUCGUAGCAGGACCGAACGUCAGCCAAUUUCUCAUCACACAAGGAUUUCCUAAGGUGGCACACACCAGUCUGAAUACGUUGCUUAUUCGUAAGCAUAAUCAACGAAUUGGAUGGGCUGCAGGUGUACCCCGCCAGGCCGGUUACGUUACCACAAACACUUCGAAUAUGCCUUGGUACCAGAAUCAGCCAAAUUCACUGAACGAACGUGUUGCAGUGGUCAGUUAUCAGAAAUUGCAUGAUUAUGCUCAGAACAGGAUAACGGGCGCGGCUGCUUGCGAAUGGGCCGGUCCCGGGAGCAGUUUAGAGAUUGAUCCAAGAGCUGAGCGAUUUGAUGCACAGUUUCCUGAACCGUUGUCCAGUUUCUUUUUUUCCGAUAUAAACAAUGAAGGUUGUUUUCAGACUGUCCAAUGUACAACCGUGAUUGAGUGUGCAAAAAGAUGCAAACAGAUUUUGGAGUGUCGGUCCAUCUAUUUCAACCGCGACACAAAUGAAUGCUGGCUGUCCCUGUUUGUGGACACCUUAUUACCGAAAAGUCUGGAAACGACUAACGAAAGUUGGGUUCGAUUUGGUCGACCAGACUGGUGA